UGAAGCCGCCCUACUCGUACAUCGCGCUCAUCACCAUGGCCAUCCUGCAGAGCCCGCAGAAGAAGCUGACGCUGAGCGGCAUCUGCGAGUUCAUCAGCAACCGCUUCCCCUACUACCGGGAGAAGUUCCCCGCCUGGCAGAACAGCAUCCGCCACAACCUCUCGCUCAACGACUGCUUCGUCAAAAUCCCCCGGGAGCCCGGCAACCCGGGCAAGGGCAACUACUGGACGCUGGACCCGCAGUCCGAGGACAUGUUCGACAACGGCAGCUUCCUCCGGCGGAGGAAGCGCUUCAAGCGGCACCAGCAGGAGCACCUGCGGGACCAGACGGCGCUCAUGAUGCAGGGCUUCGGAGCCUACGGCCUGGCCGGGCCCUACGGCCGCCCCUACGGGCUGCACCCCGGCGCCUACCCGCACCCUGCGGCCGCCGCCGCCGCGCUGCAGUACCCCUACAUCCCGCCCGUCGGGCCCAUGCUGCCGCCCGCCGUGCCGCUGCUGCCGUCCAGCGAGCUGAGCCGCAAAGCCUUCAACUCGCAGCUCGGCCCCAGCCUGCAGCUGCAGCUCGGCAGCCUGGGAGCCGCCGGCUCCAUCGUCAAGUCGGAGCCCAGCAGCCGCCCGUCGUUCAGCAUCGAGAACAUCAUCGGCGGCCCCGCAGCCAGCUCGGCGGCCGGAGCCCAGACUUUCCUGCGGCCGCCCGUCACCGUGCAGUCGGCUCUCGUGGCCCACCAGCCGCUGGCGCUCGCCCGGAGCACCGCGGCCAUCGCCCCCAUCCUCAGCGUGCCUACCAACAUCAUCGCCGGCCAGUUCCUGCAGCCCGCCGCCCCGGCCGCCGCCGUGCAGGCCAAGUGGCCGGCGCAGUAGCCCAAGUGGCCGGCCCGGUAGCCAGGGUGGCCGGCCAGGUAGCCCAAAUGGCCGGCCCGCUAGCCCCAAUGUGGCCGGGUGGCCGGCUCGAUAGCCCAAGCGGCCGACUCGGUAGCCCCAAGGUGGCCGGCCAGGUAGCCCAAGCGGCCGGCCCGGUAGCCCCGCCGCGCCCCUCGGAUGGACGGACAGACGGCCGGCCGGACAGACAGACACAGACAGACCGCUGCCGGCAGCGCCUGCCGCUGCUUUUCGGGCUUUUUAUUUUUCUAAAGAGGCGAAAGGACGGUCGCGAGCAGCAGCCGCGGGCUUUCACUUUUUUUGAAGGUUCCGGCGCUCCGAGCGGUUUUAUCCGAAAUAAGCGAGAGAACGAAAAACAAAACGAAAAAAAAAAUGUAUAAAGAAAUAAGCGGGGGAAAUUUUAAAUAUUAAACGAACGAACAGCAGCGACAAAAAAAAAAAAAAAGAAUUUUGGAGACGAAAAAAAAAAAGAGGAGGAAAUCGCUGUCAUUCUAUUAUAGAAGUCUGUUUAUAUAUGAAUGAAUAUAUGUAUUCUAAAUGUUAUCCCUUCGUGUUGUACACAACUUUGUAAAUAAAUUUUUAAAACGCUC